AUGAAACCCCUACGCGUCACCACGGACCCGCGGAUGGGACCGGGGCCGGGCCGGCGCUGGGGCCUGGGACGAUGGGCGGAGCCGGGUGACCGUCAGAACGUGAAGCGUGAAUCGGGCCGCAGAGUGCAGCAAGGCAACAUCAGCGCGGCCAAGUCUAUUGCAGACGUUAUUCGAACAUGCCUGGGACCAAGAGCUAUGAUGAAGAUGUUGCUGGAUCCGAUGGGUGGCAUCGUUAUGACAAACGAUGGCAAUGCCAUUCUGCGAGAGAUCCAGGUGCAGCAUCCAGCAGCCAAGUCCAUGAUUGAGAUUAGCCGCACCCAGGAUGAAGAGGUUGGCGAUGGGACCACCUCCGUCAUCAUCCUCGCUGGAGAGAUGCUGUCGGUAGCUGAGCAGUACCUGGAGCAGCAGAUGCACCCCUCAGUCAUCAUUGGAGCUUAUCACCAGGCACUGGAGGACAUGAUCACCACGUUGGAGGAACUCAGCACCCCUGUUGACAUCAAUAACCGGGAUCUGAUGCUGAAGAUUAUCAACAGUGCCAUCAACACCAAGGUGAAUAACUUGCAGCUUGACCUGGCUUGCAGCAUCGCCCUCGAUGCGGUGAAGACUGUUGAGUUGGAUGAAAAUGGCCGCAAGGAAAUUGACAUUAAGAAGUAUGCCAAAAUUGAGAAGGUUCCUGGCGGCUUCAUCCAUGACUCGUGCGUGCUGCGGGGAGUGAUGCUGAAUAAGGAUGUCACGCAUUCCCGCAUGCGCCGGCACAUCAAGAGUCCCCGCAUCCUGCUGCUGGACUGCUCGCUGGAGUACAAGAAGGGAGAGAGCCAGACUGAUAUUGAGAUCACUCGUGAGGAGGACUUCACUCACAUCCUGCAGAUGGAGGAAAAUUAUAUUCAGCAAAUCUGUGAGGAUAUCAUCCGUCUGAAACCUGAUCUCCUCUUCACUGAGAAGGGCAUCUCAGACCUAGCCAUUCAUUACCUCAUGAAGGCAAACAUCACUGCAAUCCGUCGCAUCAGGAAGAGUGAUAGUAACCGCAUUGCCAGGGCAUGCGGUGCACGAGUGGCUAGCCGGACUGACGAGCUGACUGAGGAGGAUAUUGGAACCAGAGCCGGGCAGUUUGAGGUCAAGAAGAUCGGCGAUGAAUAUUUUGCCUUUGUCACCGAAUGCAAGGACCCCAAAGCUUGUACCAUUCUCCUGCGUGGAGCCAGCAAGGAGAUCCUGGCGGAGGUGGAGCGGAACCUGCAGGACGCGAUGCAAGUGACCCGUAAUGUGUUGCUGGACCCACGCUUGGUGCCCGGCGGUGGGGCUGUGGAGAUGGCUGUGGCACACACCCUGAUCGAGAAGUCUAAGACCAUGACUGGUGUGGAGCAGUGGCCUUACCGUGCAGUGGCUAACGCCCUGGAGGUCAUUCCCAGAACUCUCAUCCAGAACUGUGGAGCCAGCACCAUCCGCCUGCUCACCUCGCUUAGGACUCUGCCACACCAUGACCCGACUUGCCCGUAA